AUGAGUCCUACGACAUCAGCGGCGUCCUCUACGACGACGCAAUGCGCUUUUCCCGCGACAACCUGUUCAUCUCUAACCGACCCGGCGAGUUCACUAACGCCCAAAAGUUCUUCAAGUUCACCAACGACUCAGCCGCUGGCCUCAACGUCAGCCUCUGGCUCGUGCCCACAUCCAACACCACCGAGUAUGGCGCCCCCCGUCGGCAUGAUGAGUGACAGCAACUCGCGCACCUUCCUCACCAAGGCUAUCUCCCAGGCCCAAGCCGAGCUAGCCAGCGUGACCAUCAGCACCAACGGCCACAACGUGUCGUCCACCAAGGAGUGGGUCAACCAGGCCAACUACACCCAACUCGACGAUGCCAUCGAUAGGGCUAAACUGUCGUUUUCCCUUGCGAACAGCUCAUCCUUCCUGCUUGACUAUCAGACCUAUGUGCUGUACCAGACCCUCAACGGCAGCAGUGACGACAUUGGCGCCGAGUACGCCGGCUUCAGCUACACUGGGUUCGAGAACGAUGAGAAGCUCGGAACGGCCUAA